AUGGCGCCUUACUUCGGAAUGAGAGGCGGCUGGCUCACCUUCUGGGUGACGGUCGCCUGCGCGACCGACAUGACUUUGUUUGGCUAUGAUCAGGGCGUCUUUGGCGGCGUUGUUGUGACGCCGGAUUUCCUCGACACGCUGAAUCUCAACGGCAAGACGACACUGAUCAGUACCGUCACGGCCAUCUACGAUAUUGGCUGCUUCUUUGGUGCCAUUUGUGCCUUUAUGAUUGGCGAGAGGCUGGGCCGUAAGAAGUGUGUGAUUCUGGGCACUACCAUCAUGUCAAUAGGUGCCAUCCUCCAGAUUGCCGCGUUUGGCGUGCCGCAAAUGAUCGUCGGCCGUAUUAUCGGAGGGUUUGGGAACGGUAUAAACACUGCCACGGCACCGGUGUGGCAGGGCGAAACGUCCAAAGCGAGCUGGCGUGGGAAGCUCAUUGUCAUCGAAAUGAUCUGCAACAUCGCGGGUUUCUCAUUGUCCACCUGGAUUACGUACGGUUUCUCUUUCGUCUCCGGGUCUCCUUCGUGGCGCGUCCCGCUGGCCUUCCAGUUCCUCUUCAUCUUCGUCUUGUACGCCACCACGCCUUGGCUGCCCGAGAGCCCCAGGUGGCUUAUCGCGCGUGGGAGAAUCGAUGAAGCGGAUCGAAUCCUCGCAGACUUGGAAGGAUUAAGCAUCGACGACCCGUACAUCAUCACCCAGUCCAAAGACAUCCAGUGGGCUGUCAACUACGAGAAGGAGAAUGCAGUGCGCUGGCGUGACCUUCUCCGCGGGCGCACGGGGAAUCAAGGCGGAACCUGCACAAUCCGGCGUCUCAUUCUGGGCAUGGGCACCCAGGCUAUGCAACAGCUUUCGGGAAUCAACGUAACCUCCUAUUACCUCCCGUACGUGCUGAUCAACUCAGUCGGUCUGGGCAAUAACCUAGCCCGCCUGUUGGCGGCGUGCAACUCGGUCAGCUACCUGCUGUUCAGUCUCAUCGGCAUUCCCAACGUCGAGCGGUGGGGCCGGCGCAAGAUGAUGAUGUACGCAGCCGCAGGGCAGUCCAUGUGCUACCUGGUCAUUACUGUGUGUCUGCGCUACUCGCAGCCGCAGUUCUCUACAUCGAAGCAAUGGGCGUCAGCAUCCAUCGCCUUCUUCUUCCUAUACUACGUCUUCUUCGGGAUCGGAUGGCAAGGGGUUCCAUGGCUAUAUCCUACCGAGGUGAACAGCCUGAGCAUGCGCACAAAGGGGGCUGCUUUGGGUACGGCAACGAACUGGAUCUUCAACUUCAUGGUGGUUGAAAUCACGCCUCCGGGCAUCUCGUCGCUGGGAUGGCAGUUUUACAUCAUCUGGGUGGUGUUCAACGCAUCCUUCGUGCCCAUCGUCUACCUCUUUUACCCCGAGACGGCAGACCGGUCGCUCGAAGACUUGGACCGGUUCUUCAUCGAGAACCACAGCUUGUUCGUCUUCACCGACAAGGACGCCACCUCGUCCAAGCGGCCGCAGCAGUACAUUCAGCACGAGAAGGAGGAGAUCAGGCGACACAGCAGCAUCAGGCCCGAGGAUGUUUCAAAGGCGGUCCAAGCACACAGGAAAGAGGUUCUUGAAGGGCAGAACUAUGACGAGAAGAUGGAAGUUGCCUGA